AUGUAUUUCUCCUCCGUUGUGGUUGUCCUGCUGAUCUCAGCUCUGAGUUCCUCCACUGAAGCAUUCAAAUGUCCCAAAGUGUGCAGCUGUGACACCUCCAAACUCACCGCUACCUGCGUCGGCAAGAACUUAACAGAGGUUCCCCAGACUGUAGACGAGGUGAGGAAUUCAAACAGAGUGUGCAGUGCCCCCUUUCCACUUCACACAGUUGUUUGAGACGGAAACAUUGAUGUGGUCUUUUACUGAACCUCAGAUGUUUCUGAAAUCCAAAUCUAAUCAAACCUCAAAAAGAAUUGUGAUUUUCAUAUUGCACCUAAACUUAACUAAACAACUUGAUGGGUGGAGAUAGGAGUGGGAUAGAGAAAAAGACAGACAAAGGGAAAUGAACCAAAAACAAACAAACAGCCAAACUAAAAAUUAAACACUAGAUAUUACAAACUUUAUACUUUAAACAUUAAGCAUUGAGAUUCAGCUUGUUCUGUCUCCUUCUCAGAUUUCACUCAAACUCGACUUGAAGAACAACAACUUGAAGGUGCUGCCAAGAGGGGCGUUCACUCACACCCCCUACCUCACCCAUCUCAACCUGCAGCGCUGCAACAUCAUCAAAGUAAAGGAGGGAGCUUUCAGGACCCUGGGUCGAGUAGUCUCCCUAAACCUCGCCUACAAUAAAAUUGACGUCCUUUAUCAGGUACCAGAGGGAGGUAAGAACUGCAGAACUUACACCUCAUAGACGGGCGGUUAUGUGAUCGUCUGUUUCUCCUCCUCCAAUCUGACUGCUGCAGGAGUCCUUUGAUGGUCUCUCCUCCCUGAAGGAGCUGCAGCUGGACCACAAUCGCAUCGAGGAGAUCCAGCCUGGAGCCUUCACACAGCUGGGGUUCCUCAACAUGCUGGACCUGACCCACAACCAGCUGGUUUAUAUCCCCAACAUGGCCUUCCAGGUACUAACACUUAAGAGAAUAAAGCAUUUUUUUCUCAUUAACACAAGAAAAUGUGUACAAAACUAAAAAUCAAACAGAGUAUUGUCCAUUAUUUAUAGUUUUUGUCUCAGUUUUCCACGUUUUUAAAUGUUUUUUUUUUUAUUUUAGUGCCACAAUUCCUGAAAAUAAAGUCAAUUUGCUUCAGAGCCAGUCCAUUUUUAAUUGUGUGCGUGAAAUUUCUUCAUCAUCAAGAUUAACUGAAUGCUGACUUUUCUCUCUCAGGGCCUGAACAACAUCAAGUGGCUCCGUCUGAGCCAUAACUCCCUGAACAACUUGGCCCAUGAGGCGUUCGCUGGACUGUUCACCUUAAACCGGCUCAGUCUGGACCACAAUGAGCUGCAGUUUUUCCCUACAGAGACCAUGAACAGGUGAGACAGUCUGACACAAAAUCAAACAAGAAUAUUUUUAAUGUUCUAGAGGAGGAGAUUGGUGGUAGAUGUGUCUUUACAUAGAAAGUUUAGAGUUACAUCAAAGAAGUGUGGUUCAAUCUUGCGUCCCUGUGGAGGGUCUCCGUGACAAAGAUGAGAGAUUGCACAUGAUAACAGAUUUUUUUGUUUGGGUCGAAUGUGUCAUCACUUUAUCCUCCUCUCUCUUUACUAAAGACCCCGUGAAGUCACACGUCUCGACAUGAGCUACAACCCGAUGACCUACCUCGGCGAGGAAUCUGUUUCAAUGGCCAAGCUGACACACCUUUAUCUGGACCACAUGUCCCUCCAGGACCUGUCAGACCAGGCUCUUUCAGGGGCCCCAAAACUCUCCCACCUGGACCUCAGCCACAACCAGCUCCGUUACCUGGAGCCCCUCAAAGGCCCCAAAGAGCUUAGCAGCCUCAACAUGACUGGUAUAACUGAGUUUGAAUAUUUUUCAUACAAAACUACAAAUUUAAUCUUCACGAUAAUUCUGUUUUUACUUAAAGGAAAUCCGUCUUACUGUAACUGCUAUCUGAGGCCACUGAGGGAGUGGGCGAACGUUAAAAAGGUGAAGCUUCUGGGAGCCUGUGCUGGACCUCCUCACCUCUCAGAUGAGCCUCUGCAGGCUGUGGAUCCUCAGGACCUGCGCUGUCGCAGCAGAGGAGAGAUGCUGCAGGACGAGCUUGAAAGGGAAGAAAGCACAGGAGACACCUCACCGACAGCAAAACCCAAACCUAAAGUCAAGUGCCCGCUUCACUGCGACUGUGAUGUGAGUGUUUCUCUAUGAGGUUGAUUCUUUCCUCUUACAUGUGGUUGCCCAGUCAUACACUUCCAAGUUUGGCUACUAUCUAGAAAAGCAAUUAAUUGAUAAGUCUGUACUUAUAUAGGUCUAAAUUGUCACCUUUGGAGCUGCCUUUCCAACCCCCUGGAAUAAACGUUCCCCUUAAGGUUGAGAAGUUGUGAUAGGUGAGGCACACCAUCUGGUCCUCCUUUUUAAAAGCUAGAACCACCACCCUGGUUUACCACUCCACAGGUACUGUCCCAGAUCUCUAUGCAACAUUGAAGUUGUAUGUUGGCCAUGACAGCCCAACAAUGUCCAGAAGCUUCAGCGUUUCAGGGGGAUCUCAUCUAUAUCUUGCACCUUGCCAUUCAGGAGUUUUGUAACAACUUCAGAGACCUCAGGAGUGCAGACAAGUCUUCCCCUGGUUCUUCAAAUCCUUCUCCUUCUUAGCAGACAUGUCAGUAGGUUUCAGGAGUUCCUCAAAAUGUACACUCUAUCAACAACAUCAUCAGUCCAGGGCAGCAGAUCUCCACCUCUGCGGAGAACAGCCUGAGCCAAGCCUUGCUUUCUCCUCCUGAGUUUCCUGAUGAUUUGUUCAUCUCCACAGCCUCCUGCACUUCCCUUAAACCUGAGUUUUAGUUUCUGCAAUGACCAAAGCCACAACCUUUCAAGCCACACAGUACCUGUUUGCUACUUCUGAAAACUCCUGAGCCAACCAGGCCAAAAAGGCCUGCGUCUUGGACCUGGUGGCUUCCCACACCAUCAAGUGUCCACCAGCGCAUUCUACAGAGCACUUUUCACCAUUCAUGCUACAAAUAAAGUUAAUUGAAAGGCAGAAAAACAAAAGUCAUACAACAUAUUGAUUCAGCUCAUGAAACUUCUCUUUAACUGCCAGUCCUAAAGAUUUGAAUGUUUCCUAAUAUCCAGUUUUGAUUUAAACCCUCCCAGAUUGAAGCGCAGCACGCCACAUGCGAGGGUCAAGGUCACACCAAAGUCCCUCGUGGCUUUCCCACAAAGACGCAGCUGCUCGACCUCCGAAGUAACCACUUCCACUACCUCCCUGCCAACAGCUUUCCAGGCACUGGACAGGUAGUCUCUCUGCACCUGGAGUUCUGCAAAAUCCACGAGAUUGAAGGUGGUGCCUUCCGGGGAAUGAAAAAACUCUACUAUCUCUAUCUGUCUGACAAUGACCUCACAUCUUUGGACCCUGAAGCCUUUUCUGGAGCCCCUGAGCUCACCUACCUACACUUGGAGGGGAACAGACUGGUGCAGUUCCCUGGGUCAGGUCAGUGGUCACUCAGCUUUAAUCUGGCUAGGUGUGAAUUAGAGUUGGACUGUUGCAAAAUACUGGUAUUGAUGAUACUUGGAAACAUUUCAAUACUGAUAUCAUUUCACAAAUGAGCAUACCGUUUUUCUUUAACAGUUUUAGCUGUAAUAUUAAGCUGUAAUAAUUUAAUUUUUUAACACAAUAACCAUGAGAUGAAAAUGUAAUAUCCUGAAAGCUCUUGCUGCAGGAAUUCAUGUGGUACAGAUGCUGACAUAUUUUCAAAAAUUAAUAACUUUGACAGAAGUUUCAUCCUUAAGUGUCCAACAAGCUUAAAUGGUUUGUUGUCUACACAAUUUUGGCCUCUUAGUGUGAAAAUACUCAAGGAACUUAAUUACAGAUUUAUUUUUUCUUAUCCCUUCUUUAGCACUGAAACUCCUCCCAAGUUUGUUUGUGUUGCACCUGGAGCGCAAUGCCAUCUCAAAAAUUGAGCCCACUGGUUUGCUGUCCUCUGUGACCCCAACACUCAGAGAACUUUACCUCACAAAUAACACCCUCACUUCCAUUGCGAAGGGUGCUCUGGACUCAGUGUACCUUGGUAUACUUCACCUGGACUCAAAUCAGCUCACAGAGAUACCGGUGGAUGCUCUGUCUCAGGCAGCUAACCUUGAGGAACUUAAACUGUCUCAUAAUUCUAUUCGCCAAGUGGGACCAAACGCAUUUCAGCCUGUAUCCCAAAGUUUGAAGAGGCUGUAUUUGGAUCAGAUGGGAAUGGAGAAGGUAGGAUGGAAGUCUUUAAACUAUCGGGACAGCAUUUCCCAAAACUAUGCGCACUGUGCAAAGUUUAUAAUCAUUAUAUUAUUACCAAAAGAGUAAUGUUCACAAUCUUAUGGAAGUUUCUCUUACUGAUUUUUGUCUAAAAAAUGUUACCUGCCAUUUAUGAUUCAAUGUCAAAAACACAAUUAAAAAGGAUGUCAACUGGCCCUAGGUAGGAGACACAGCAAUGUACGGCUGUCUGUCUUCCCAUAAGCUAUGGAAGUCUAUGACAUGGCUCCACAUAACAUUUCCAAGAGGUAACAUACAAAAGACAGUCUGGGGAUCCCAAAUUGGGGAAUACCACCAUUCACUUAACAGCAUCUAGAUGAGCAUUCAUAAACCUAUGUCAAGAGGAGAUGACACAUCAAAGCGUGGUACUGUACUGGUACCCAGACCAAGUUUCCUCAUCAGUUUCGAUAUUUCCAAGGUGUAACAGAUAAAGAUGAAAAAGUUAAGGGGUCCAAAAUUGAACCCUGGGGAAUACCACUAUUUGUGUUAUAACAUCUAGAUGAGCAUUCAACUUAAGUGAUUUUAAAAUAUUCUAUUGGCAUGGUGUGCCAGAUAUAGCCUGGCCGGGCCAUCCUGUUGCGUGAAUCAUUUGAUGUUCCUUCCCACCAACUUCCCACCCAACUUCCCAGUGAUGGGAAGGAACAUCAAGUGAUUCACGCAACAGGAUGGCCCGGCCAGGCUAUGCCAGAUAUGCCAAUAAAACUGUAGUCUGCUCAAAGGAAUUGUGUGGUGGGCUGUAUCAAAGUCUGCACUCAGGUCAAGCAGCCCAAGAACAAAGGGUAUUUUUGGUCCAUGUUUGACCCUCGUUCUGUAACAAUUGUUACUGUAUUUUUUGUUAGAUAAAAAUCUCCAAAUUCAAUCUUUUAAAUUGUACCAUGUCUAGAUAUCUCAGGAUGCUCUGGUGGGUCUGAAUCCUGGUCUGAAGGCUUUGACUCUCCAUGGAAACCAGCUGCAGGAGCUUCCUGACCUGAGCCCACUCACUGGCCUAGAGGAGGUGGACCUACAGGAAAACCCUCUGCUCUGUGGCUGCUCUUUACUACACCUUCGCAGGUCAACUCAUGGUCUACGUGGAGCUUAAUGUUUGGGUUAAUUAACAGAAAAGGAUUGCCGUUUUUAUUGUAGUAGUGUGGUGCUGUAUGUAGUUACACUGUGUCCUUAUGUGACUGCUCAUUCAGCGUCUCUGUGUCACUGUUCCUCAGGUGGAUGGAGAAUGUAAGUUUGGAGGUGGUCGCUACAUGUGGUAACCCUCCUGAAGUCAAAGGUCAGAAAGUCAGGGAGGUCACUGUCUUCAAGUCCUGCACUGAAAAUCUCUCUACUGUAAAAGAAAAGGCUGAUGUGAAUUCUGGACUCUCCAGUGGGAAGAGACCUAAACCGGGUCUGUCUAAGGUCUCUGCAGUCAAAGCUCGUCCUGCAAAACCCAAAACUAAACAAACCAAGGCAACCAAGAAGAGGAAACAACCAAAUACAACCAAGAGCAAGAAAACACUAUAA